GAUCUAUGUCAGAGGUUGGAUGGCGGCCAGAUCUCCUCCUUCCCCACAGCCUCCCCGACACAGUGACCUACUUUUCCCUCACAGCAACACAGAAACAUUGGGAGGGGGGGGGAAGCGUCUCAGAGAAAAAGCCAUCAAGCAGCCUGCACAGUGUGACAGAUCUUCUUAAGCAAACUACGCAGACAGCCAGUUUCUUUUUCCUCAUACAAACUGCAGCAGCAGCAAGCCAAGAAAAGCCUACAGGGCAAAGCAACGCGCCAUAUAUAAGCUAGAAAGUGAAAGUGGACGAAUGCUGGUGAAUGCCCCAUGGCAGCGGUUACCUCAGUUCAUACAUCCAGUGCAAGUUAUAACUUGGAAGCAUUUUUUAGAAUGAAACGAGGUAGAGUAACAGUAACAAUUGAUAGUCAACUUGUAAAAUCACCACAAAGAAUGAAAAAACAGAAAAUGGAGAGCCCAUCAUCAAAGAUGUGCAAAGCACAAAUGCAGUCCUGCACGUUAGACUGGGGCAAUCUGCCACACCAUGUUGUGCUGCAUAUUUUUCAGUAUCUUCCUUUAGUAGAUCGUGCUCGUGCGUCAUCUGUGUGCCGGCGAUGGAAUGAAGUUUUUCAUAUCCCUGAGCUGUGGAGAAAGUUUGAGUUUGAACUGAAUCAGCCAGCUACUUCAUACUUGAAAUCCACCCACCCUGAUCUCAUUCAACAGAUUAUCAAAAAGCAUGCAGAUCAUCUUCAGUAUGUUAGCUUUAAGGUUGACAGUUGCACUGAGUCGGCAGAAGCAGCUUGUGAUAUUCUUUCCCAGCUUGUGAACUGUUCCAUCAAAACCCUCGGACUCAUAUCAACGGCAAAACCCAGUUUCAUGAAUGUAUCUAAGUCUCAUUUUGUCUCUGCACUGACAGUAGUUUUUGUGAACUCGAAGUCCCUGUCAUCCAUAAAGAUUGACGACACGCCUGUUGACGACCCUUCGUUAAAGGUUUUGGUAGCAAAUAACAGCGACACUUUGAAACUACUUAAAAUGAGCAGUUGUCCACACGUCUCUCCUGCUGGAAUUCUGUGCGUGGCAGAUCAGUGUCAUGGCCUUCGAGAACUAGCACUUAAUUACCAUCUUCUGAGCGAUGAGCUAUUACUGGCCCUUUCCACCGAGAAGCACGUUCGCCUCGAACACCUUCGCAUUGACGUUGUAAGUGAAAAUCCAGGUCAAACACAAUUUCAUACAAUUAAGAAACAAAGCUGGGAUGCGCUUAUCAAGCAUUCACCAAAGGUGAACAUUGUCAUGUACUUCUUUCUGUAUGAAGAGGAAUUUGAUGCAUUCUUCAGAGAAGAGACUCCUGUCACUCAUCUUUACUUUGGUCGGGCAGUAAGCAAAGCAAUGCUUGGACGGAUCGGUAUGAACUGCCCACGCCUAAUUGAGCUGGUUGUGUGCGCCAAUGGGCUUCAACCGUUGGAUGAUGAGCUUAUUCGAAUUGCAGAUCGAUGCAAGAACUUGACUGCUAUUGGUCUUGGGGAGUGUGAGGUCUCUUGCAGUGCAUUUGUAGAGUUUGUAAAAAUGUGUGGAAGGAGACUCACCCAGCUAUCCAUUAUGGAAGAAGUACUCAUUCCUGAUAACAAAUACAACUUGGAGCAAAUUCAUUAUGAAGUUUCAAAGCAUCUUGGCAGAAUGUGGUUUCCAGAUAUGAUGCCUACUUGGUAGGCAAGCCGGUAUAAAGCAUGAAGCUUCAGAAUUCCGUUGGCCUUCGGUUCUGCUUACUAUGCAACAGUCAGAUUCUAAAAUAUAUGGUGAAAAUACUGCUUGAUUGGCAUGGUUUGUACUGGAUAAAAACUUUGCACGGAUGAUGUGAUUGUCUGUGAAGGUCUCAUUCAUCCAGGCCAUGGUAUAUAGCAGGGAUCCCCAACCUUUCUUACUCGUGAGCCACAGUAUAAUGUAAAAAG